AUGAUUGCACCCUCACCUCGGCGUAUUGAACCAGCGAUCGAAGCCGACACCCCGAUUUCCCGAGCCCGUUUUCUCCCCAAGCCAUCGAAAACUCUCUGCUCAGCGGUAUGUGCGCCACACACGGAGCCACCUGCUAGCGAUCCUUAUAGUCCGGCAACCUCGAUACAUCAUGCUCAGCAGAUAUUCGAGAACAGCAGAUACAACUACGAGGCGUUCGCUCAGGAGACUGGGUGCUCUGGAUUCUGGAAGCAAGUCUACCCUCUGCAGUCCAGAUUGGUGCUCGCCUAUGUGGUUGAAGGAUUUGAAAACCUGGGCUGUUCGUUGAGCGCACUCAAGAUCGGUAGCGUCCUUCUCCAAGUAAAACACAUUGCCAGGCACAAGCAACUCUUCCAGCGGCUUCUGCGAAUUCUCAGGGACGGAGGGCUGGUUGUUUCAGACGGGAACAACCUGAUCCGAAUCGAGACAGAGAUUGACAAGCGAAGCUUGGGUGCCGUUUACGAAAAUAUCCUAGUUAAAUAUCCCCAGCACACCCUUGAGCAUAAGCUUCUCCACGUCGCAGGUUCGCAGCUGGCGGGAUGUUUACGUGGCGCAUGCGAUGCCUCUCAGUUACUGGUCCGGAACGCAGAGAACAGAGAACUUCUAACCCAGGUCUACACUCAGGGACCGAUGUACCUAGCCAUCACGAAACUCCUGGCCAAAUUCUUGAUACAAGUGUACUACAGUUCCAAGGCUGACGCAACUGUUCAUAUUCUCGAAAUUGGUGGCGGUGGCGGCGCCGGAGGAGGAGCAGGGACCAUCAAAACCAUUAUUGGGCUUCUUGAUUUCAGCAAGGUCUCGUAUACGUACACUUUCGCGGACAAAUCACCCUCACAGGUUGCAGAAGUCAAACCGCAAUUCCAAGGUAAGGGUUCCAUGAAAUUCAUGGCACUGAUCGUGGACAAGCCUGCACUUGCGGAGCUGCUCGACAAAUUCCACACUGUCAUAUCCAUACACGGUGUGCAUGCUACGCGGAAUCUGGAGCAGUCUCUUGGGACCAUUCGCAGCAUGCUCCGAGAGGACGGUUUCCUUGUGUUAGUUGAACUCACGCAGAACAUGUACUGGUUGGACCUCGUCUUCGGUCUGUUGGAUGAUAGUUCGUGGUGGUUCCAUGAUGAUAGUGGCGGCCGGCAGCGACAUAUCCCAACGGACGGCGCCAGCGAGGAGUCACGGACGCUGAGGAUAAUCACGGGCUUUGUCCAACACGCCGAGAAUGCGAAAUUCGUUCCUGGUCCAUCUCCGAGACCGAAAUCCAGAAUCGAGACUCUCGUGGGGGGCCAGGUAGAGGACGUCCUCCUCUAUGCUGAUGUCUAUCUGCCGGAUGAAAACGAACCUGAUGGCAAACCACGGCCGAUCGGGCCGAUGAACGAUGUCAGUGACGCGCUUGGAUGGGCACGAUACAAAGUGCCACGACUCAAAUUUUUCAAGUCUUCCCAAGUUGUCCCGGACGGGAACCGGGCCGUCGCCAUCGGGUGGAAGAAUCCCAUCUAUCCAGCCUCUGCUGCGUCUUCGCCGAACGACCCGUAUGAUCGAUAUGCGGGCAUCAAAAGUAAACCGUGGACGAGCUAUUAUCCAUCCACCAGCAUCGGCCUCACAAAGAUGAGGGUGACGCUGGAUGACGAGCGCUGGCGCUUCGUGCUGCACAUGAACUGGAAAGCUCAGACACUGCCCUUCCUGCUCGAAGGCUUGCCUCCUCGCAAGGAAGGUGAAUGCCUCGACCCGGCUCCAAUCCUCGCCCAACCGGACCCAGAAAAGGUCGCCGCCGUCAGUCCCUACAGGCAGAUCCUCCGCGGCAACUACAAGUCGCCCACAUACCUCCUGCACAAUGCGGACGACGACUUCAUUCCGUGGCGGCAGACGCAAAAGACCUACGAGGCGUUGCGGGCGACGGGCGUGCCGGCAGGGUUGCAGGUCAUUGAAGGCGUGGAGCAUUUGUUUGACGUCUUUGGGCCCAUGUCGGCGGAGGAGCUGGAAAAGGGUUUUGAGACGGGCAUGCGAGUUCCUCUGCGAGCACGUUGGUAUCAUCUGACUGACGUGGAAGUUCAAGAACAAUGGAGCGUGGGAAAAAGUUGUCUCUGGUCGCACAAAGGCUGA